AUGAUUUUACACGAUACACUACUGCCACAGCUGACGCGUCACGACAUUGCAGGGGCUGUUUUUGGUGAGGUUGAGCCACGACUCGUUGGCAUUCAGCGCUUCGACAUCUCCCAUAACCCCGGCGUGCUUCUGACGCAGACGUCGGAGUGGCCGUUUCCGUACAUGGGGACGUUUAACACCAUCGGCACGAGCAGGAGGCCUGGUGUCAUGACCGAUGCGACAUGA